UGCCAUUAAACAUUUGGUUCUGCAGGAGACAGUGAAUCUACAGGUGCCAUAGCUGGAUGCUUGUAUGGCCUUUUGUACGGGAUUGAAAACGUUCCCAAAUGUAUCCUACAAAACCUGAGGUUAAAGGAACAGCUGGAAAGACUGGGCAAGGGACUGUACCAUGUUGCUCAUGGGGAAAGCUCGUGUGUCUGCAAAGAUUAUAUAUCACCCUGUGAGAAUUCUACUAGUUUAAGACAGAUUGUCAGAAAUUUAGCCAGCAAGCGCACAGUGGAUGAAAUCAAUAAUCUUCUCAACUACAUGUCUUUACUGGAAAAGGACAACUCUAAGGCUGUCGAAUCGGACAGCGAGGCAAAAGAAAAACAACAACAAGCUGCUGCGAAGCCAAGGCUGACUCGGUUUCAGCUGCUUCAGUGCAGAUUUACAAAGUUUGGUAUCAAGAACAAAAUGGAAAAACUCAUUCUUAAUGAGCCAGGAAAGGAGAAGAUUACCUUGAACAAAGUCCAGCCUUCUGAUGGUGCGAACAAUUUUGCUCAAAACACUACUCAACAAGGCCCUUCAGAAAGACAGAAUAAAAGCACCGACAUAAACACCCACAGGCUGGGUGUAACCAAAGAAACAGAAUCCACAGAUAAUAUUACAGUCUCCAAGAAGCAAGAGGACCAUCAUACUCAGCUGAAUAAACAGACAGCAGAUCACCACUCACUGUCUACAAAGCUGGGCACCACAAGUUCAAUUUCUCAAGUGGAUGUCAAAAUUGCUCCGGCGGAGUCACUGGUAGACACUGCACCUGUAAUGUUACCAACGUCUGCUGAAGAGUUACAGAAAGAAAGCUGGACUGAAAGUGCUGUGUUGGUUUCUCUGAAGUGUGCUCCUUGCAACCCAAAUCAAAUCUUUGUUUACAAAUCACCAACAAUACACCCACAGGUUGAACACACAGAAAUUUCAACCUCCCCAAAGAUUCAGACCGACAGUGAUUCUGAGUCCCAAACUAGCCAGACAGAAACUCAAUACAAAACGAAGCUGGCAUGUUCAGAGACACAAAACUGUUCAGAACAAAUAGCUACAGAAAUUCCCAGCCACGGGUUAGACGGCAACAAUCAAUCCCUGUAUGCAGAUAAAGUCUCUCCAGCUACACAGCACAAAGAAGUAAGGGCCUCUGUUAUACAGGACAAGAGCCUGGAACAUGAGCUCUGUGAAAAGACUUCUCCUAAAGACAGAUUUGAAAUGAAUCCUCCCACAACUCCCAACUAUGAUGCAGACAGGCUUCCUGGCACAGGCCAAAGGUGUAAGUCGAACAUAAAAGAGGCAAUAUCCCAGGUUCACAAAGCAAAAUCGGAGGAAUGUGCUACACUAUCAGCUUCUGAACUCGCACAAACUGUUAGACUACCUCUGGAGGCCAUCGUAGAUGAGCCAAUAAAAGGCUGUACAGAAAUACCUGUGUCUUCCGUGCUCUCAGUCACCCCUGUGGUUGGCAUUAAAGUAGCUCUGGAACAAAAGCACUCUGAACAUGAGAAGGUCGCGGACCAGCUUGCCUGCGUCGCUCGAGCACGAGAAGUAGCAAAGCCUGAAACACUAACCGAAGAGGCACGCUUACCAGGCAUGUGGCACGUUCCCAGUAUGAGCAACAGCAGGCGGGGAGACAAGAACACAAAGACACUUCCAUGGAAGUAUAAAGUACACAGCUAUGCUGAGCCAAUAGAGGUUCAUCAGGCAUCAAGACCCACUGCAAGGGUAGUGCUGCGAGCUAGCGAACUCAUAAUGCUUUCCUGAUAUUUACAUUUAUAUACAGUCAAACGAGUCAAUAGCAAUUCCCCUCGUGAAUUCAGUGUAUUCAAAAUGAGCUGUGUCUAAAGACCACCUGCCUUUAAGGACUAGUUUUAGAUGCAUUGAGAGGUUGGCAGACAAAGCAAAUUUGAGUUAAAAAGAUAAAUGUCAAAGGGUCACACAUCUUUUGCAUGUGGCUUUCAACUCAGAGCUUUUGUAUGCAUGUCAUUUGAAUGGAUUUGUUCAGCUGCUGUAUCACUUUAAAACACUCAAUGUGAAGUCUAAGGUAAAAGUUUUACCAUUGAAUUGAUUUGAAGCGAGAAUGCACUUUCAGCAGCUCUGGGAAUAUCAGAUACAUGUGACUUUUAUAAAUACAGUAAUGCCUGUAUGAUGUUGUAUUUUAGCAUCACCAAUGCCAUUUAUUUGCCUAUGGAGUCUUGUUUUUGAAUUGCAUUAUAGAUAUAGUAGGUCCAUGUCAGAUUUGAAUUGUUUGAUUAUUGUAAGUACUGUGUCAGUCUCCUGUACCUCAUGUAUGUUAUAUACCUUUUCAGGUUUUAAUGUGUAACACAAAUAAAAUGUCCUGAUGAC